CGGGGCUCCCUCUAUAAAACGCGUCGCUCGAUCGCUGCCUACCAUAGUAAACAUCUCAUAAAAAUGGUUUCGCCAUUGCCCAGCACCGGAGUCCAGGUCGAGAACCACGAGUUCCCACCGGCAGCGAAGCCUCCGGGCUCCACCAAUACCUUGUUCCUCGGCGGCGCAGGGGCAAGGGGAUUGGAGAUUCAAGGGAAGCUCGUGAAGUUCACGGCGAUAGGUGUGUACUUGGAGGAUACCGCCGUGGCCUCGCUUUCCGUUAAGUGGAAGGGAAAGAGUAGAGAGGAGCUGACGGAGUCCGUGGAAUUCUUCAGGGACAUCGUUACAGGCCCCUUCGAGAAGUUCACACGUGUGACAAUGAUCUUGCCAUUGACGGGUCAACAGUACUCGGAGAAGGUCUCGGAGAAUUGUGUCGCCUUUUGGAAAUCUGUCGGAAUUUACACCGAUGCAGAAGCCAAAGCCAUUGAAAAGUUCAUAGAGGUCUUUAAGGACGAGACUUUCCCACCUGGCUCCUCUAUAUUAUUUACUCAAUCACCCAAUGGAUCACUGACGAUUAGCUUCUCCAAAGAUGGGUCCCUGCCUGAAAUUGGGAAUGCAGUGAUAGAGAACAAACUGCUUUCAGAGGCAAUUUUAGAGUCAAUUAUUGGGAAGCAUGGUGUUUCUCCAGAAGCAAAACAGAGUUUGGCUACAAGGUUAGCAGAGUCAUUGAAAGAUAACGAUGAUAAAGUGGUCGGAAAUGGGAAAUAAUUGGAAAACGAAAAGGUUGCUGAAGAGAGAAAAAAAAAAAAAAAAAAAAAAAAGUUUUUUUUUGUUGGGACAUGUCCACAUAAGAAGGGGAAGGGAGAUUCGAACUAGUGACAUUCGCUUCAUUAGGCAUGGUUCCAGCCAAUUGAACUACCUCUUCGAAACACAUAUAAGGUUGUUGAUCAAGUGAAGACAGCAAAUUGCGAGUUGGUUUGGUAAAUCUUUGUAAUGGACGGUUUUUUUUGUUUGUUUUUUAUUUAAAAUAAAUGUGAAAGUAAUAUGUAUUUUGAGUU